AUGACUUCCAUCAGAGAAUGGAAAGCAGACGAAUACCAAAAGAGUCUCGGCUUCGUCCCCAAGCUCGCGACAAAAGUGUUGGAGUGGCUUGACCUAACGAGAACACGCGUACAACCAGAUGGAAUCCUAGACAUUGAAAUCGGCCGUGUCCUAGCCCAAGGAGAGGGCAAACUUCUGGGAUUAGACCGAUCACCGAGCAUGAUCCGGGCCGCGAGGGAGAAUUUUGUCUUUGAGAUGGGCGGGAUGGGGAAUAUCGCUGAGGCGAGGGCCGCGAUGAUGGGGGUGGUUGCUAGGACGCUGAAACAAGCGCCCGAGAAUAUUAGGGAGCCGUGGUUUUUUCCUGAUGAGGAGUGGGUCAGGGACAUGAUGGAGGUCAAGGUUGGGGGGUUUGAGGUCGAAAGGAGUGAGAUGGAGUGGAGGCCUACCAAGAUUGAUGGGAGGGGGGGCCUGGAGGGGUGGGUUAGGUUGAUUGGGGGCAAGUUGUUUGGGUUGAUCAGGGACGAGAAAGAAAGGGAGGAAGCAGUGAGGGAGGUGGUCAGGUUGUUGGAAAUUGUUUGUAGAAGGGAACCAGCGCGCGAAAGGGGGGAUGUGGAGUACGUGGUGAAUUAUGUUCGGUUGAGGGUCGUUGCUAGGAGAUUGUAG